ACGUCUCCGAAGUCCUCUCACGUGGAACGCCUAGAACGGGGCCGAGAUUUGGCGCCACGCUGCAAGCUCAGCUCUAAUUGUCAAGAGGAACCUUUUUUUUUCUGCUCACCUUUCGCUCAACUCCGAUUUGGCCAGCUCGCCCUCGGCCGGGGGCGACCUUUCAGCUUUGAAUUUGAACUGCUCCAUUCUACCUUCUGCUCCUCUUUUUUUUCUUCUUCCUCUUCUUCCUUUUUUUGCCCCUGUCCACUUAGGCGACCCCAAACGCUCCUUCCUAAUCCGAAAGCAUGGCCGGCAGACUCCGCUCGUCCUCCCCGCCUCACUCCCUUCCCCUCUCCCUCCUGCUUCCUGCUCUGUUGCUUCUCCGCCUGCCCGGCAUGGUGAAAGGCGACUGCUGGCUGAUAGAGGGGGAUAAAGGCUACGUCUGGCUGGCUAUCUGCAGUCAGAACCAGCCUCCGUAUGAAACCAUCCCCCAGCACAUCAACAGCACGGUUCACGAUCUGAGGCUGAAUGAGAACAAAAUUAAGGCGGUGCUCUUCACCUCCAUGUACCGCUUCACAAACCUUACUGACCUCAAUCUUACCAAGAACGAGAUCAGUUACAUCGAGGAUGGGGCUUUUGCUGGACAGGCCAACCUGCAGGUUCUGCAACUCGGCUACAACAAACUCACCAACCUGACAGAGGGCAUGUUGAGAGGCCUGGGUCGGAUGCAGUGUCUCUUCUUGCAACACAACCUCAUCGAGGUCAUUGCCAACAAUGCCUUCUGGGAGUGCCCCAGCCUCAGCAGCCUGGACUUAUCAUCCAAUAAGUUGGCCCGUCUUGACCCGUCUACCUUCACUACCCUGAACAGGCUGAUGGUGUGUGAACUAGCAGGAAACCCGUUUCACUGUGUGUGUGAGCUAUACAGCUUCCUCACUUGGCUGGAGGAGUUCAAUAAUGUCACCCACACCUAUGAUCGCCUGCAGUGUGAGACCCCUCCAGAAAUGACUGGCUACCCACUCUUGAGCCCUGUGCCUGGACAUGGGAGAAACGCCCGCUUUAUUCUUUUAUCCAUGUGUCAUGAUGGUUCAAUAAUUCCAGGGAUGACUUCUCAGAUCCCAGAACAAGAUGGCUCCGGGAUGGGUUUGGACAACCCAGACCAAGGUCUCUACCAUCAACCGGUCAUAAAUUCGACUCCUGACCCAAACUACAACCACCAGAUCUCCAUGAAGCUCCAAACUGUCUCCCUCUACACUGCUUCUUUGGUAGUGCAAAUACCACGACCAUUCAGUAAGAUGUAUGUCCUCUCCAAGGUCAACCACAGUUUCACAGAAGACAUAAGGCCUCUGAAAAACAAAAAGGAGACUGUCCAUUUGGGCAAGCUCAGCCCACACACCAACUACACCUAUUGUGUGGCUUCUGUAAGCAAAACUCAGCACUACAAUCAUACGUGUCUGUCAUUUAAUACACGAGCACCGGAGCCUGGGGAUCCACGAACUAAUCCAUCCACAACCACCCACUACAUCAUGACCAUCCUAGGAUGUCUCUUUGGCAUGGUCAUCGUGCUUGGAUUUGUCUAUUACUGUCUCCGCCGGAGGCGAAUCCAGGAAGAGAAGGAAAAAGCUAUAAGUGUGAAGAAAACCAUUCUGGAAAUGAGGUAUGGCCCAGAGGCGGCUGCUGCAGUAGCCAAUGACCCCGGUGCCAUGCAGCGUCUCCAGGAGCAGGCUCAUCACCAGCACCACCAUUCAGGAGGAGCAGGAGGCAAGCUGCCCCAUUCGGCCUCCUCGAGUACAGGCAUGCUCCACGGUUCGGCCAACACCAGUUCCUCCCGUCUCUCCACCUUGCCACAGGUGGAAAAAAUGGCAACUGCCUUCUCUGAAGCGAUGGGUGGUAAAGGGAACUACAUGGAUGUGAGGACAGCAGGAGUGGCAGGGGAAGGCAGAGAGGGAGUGGUGGCUGCUGGAGGGGCAGGGGUAGGAGGGGAAGUAGUUGUUGAUAUGCGAGGUGGAGCAGAGAAUGGGACAGAGGCUGGGGAGGAUUCGGAUGACGACGGCCGUGGCUCAGCAUCAGAGAUCUCCACCAUUGCCAAGGAGGUGGACAAAGUGAAUCAGAUCAUCAACAACUGCAUCGAUGCCCUGAAACUUGAUGCUUCAGCUAAUGUUGUGACCACAGCUGAGAAUGCGACCUCUGGUUCCUCCUCCCAGCCUCCUUGCAUCGCGUCCCUUCCCCGCAACCUCCUCCCUCUGUCUCCAGGUCACCCGGGUGAUCAAAUCAUGGCCUCCUCUCCAAAAGUGCAUCCGAAGCCUCACCCUCAGCCACAUCCUCAGCAGCAUUCUCAGGCUCAUCCACAGCCACAUCCCCAGUCACAUUCCCUGCCACAUCCCCAGCCACACCCUCAGUCACACCCUCAGCCUCAUCCACAGCUACAUCAGCAGCCUCAUCCCUCCAUGGCCCCAGUGCCCCUGGUAAUGCCCCUGUCUGAGCGGCCUGGCAUCAGCGGAGGUGGGUUUCUCUCCCCUCCCUAUCGUGACCCUCCCCCAGCUAAUGCUGUACGGCCCCUUCAGAGGCAGUUGAGUGCUGACACUGCUGUGGUGAAGAAUCGUUGUGGUGCACUCCCAGCAGGACCUGUUAAGAACACAAGAGUGUACAGUGUGGAUAUCCCUGAGCAGCGCAACGAUCCUCCGAAGUACCCAACAGAAAAGGGUAGCCCUGUGGGUUGUGGUGGAGGGACUGGAAAUGGAGGAGGUGGUGGAGUUGGGGGAUGCAACGGGAAUGGGAUGGGAAACAUAAAUGGUGGCGGGGUGAGCUUGAAUGGCGGUGGGAUGGGAUGCAGUAAUGGUAGUGGAGGCGGGGUUGUUGGCCAAGGACAGCAGCAACACCAUUUGGAGGUGCAGCCAGAUUACCACAGCUCCGAGCACCGCCACUCCUUUCCUGCACUCUACUAUGAAGGUGGCAACGAGUCACCCACACCAGCCCAGAAGGCUUCGUUCCUCAAGCCACUGGGGCGUACCAAGAGGGAUGCCACAGCCACUUAUUCCCAGCUCUCACCGUCCCGUCACCACAACUACAACUCUGGCUACUCCUCCAGUCCAGAGUACUCAUCGGAGAGCACACUGCGAAUCUGGGAGCGAUUUCGACCCUACAAAAAAAGCCCCAGAGAGGAAGCAUCCUAUAUAGCAGCCGGUCAUGCCUUGCGUAAGAAGGUGCAGUUUGCUAAGGACGAGGACCUUCAUGAUAUUUUGGACUACUGGAAGGGUGUUUCUGCCCAGCAGAAGCUUUGAGCUGAAGAAGGAAAUUUUGAAGCCCUGAUGGGAGAUUGUGAGUUGAUUGCCAACAGCAGACUAAUUAUGGGGACAGAUGUUAAUGUAGCAAGUGAGAUGAUGAUGCUUCCCUGGAAGCGUCUAGUGAGACAAACAAGAGUCAUUCAGCCGUCGGAUCUGGAGUUCAAGAGGUAUUUUCUCUGGGUGAUUUUAAACAUUUUACUCUGUGACAAUUCAUUAACAUUUCUGGAGGUUCUUUAUGAUAUAAGCUUUUUCAUCAUAAUAUAGAGUGGUAAUUACCAAGAAUCAAGUUUUUCACCAGACUGCCUCAUAGUGGGCACUUUGGUCCUCGCAGGCUUCCCAAGCCCAUUAAAUCCCCACUAAUGAGUAAAGCGAAGGCUGUGAUGAUGAAGUCUCUUCUACCUCAUUACUGGCACACUGUAGCUCAGCUAUCUCACUAGAAGCAGCACUGUUCAUGACUUAAGCUCUGUCCGUCUUUUCUGUAAUCCCAUCAAACCGCCUUUAACGAAACAAUCAUUUCAUGGCACGGCUAGUACCUGCUCUCCUACAGAAGCAUCAUUUAGGGUGAUAAUGAGGGAGUGGAAUGAGGAAUUAGAUGUUUAUUUAUUUUUUUUUAGUAUAGCUGAACCCCACACGUUCCCCACCUCCACCUUCCUCUUUAGGGGAAACAUUAAGUGAUACUUAUCAAGCUAAUUGUUCUUCCUGGCAAUUAGCCAGUAUAAGAGUAGGUCGAGGAGGCUGUGUGGUGAGCAUGCGUAUUGAUUUGAACCACCCAACUACAUCUGUUCAGUGGUGUGUGGACAUGUAUAUACACGUUGUGCACGCUGGUGUGAGUGAUUACAUGUGGGUGGGAGAGUGGGGUUGGGGCUGAGUCAUUCAUUAUUCUCAGGCUCCUCCGUGGUAUCAGAGAGGGUAGGUAAUAAAUAGA